AUGGAUCCCAUUGCAGAUGCUUCGGCCAAUUCGUUGGCUCAAAGUAGCUCAGCCGAAGGCGUUCCCAACGACGGCACCGGUGUCAUCGAGCUCGACCCUUGGUUGGCGCCUUUCAAGGACGCCCUGAAGCGCAGGUACACAAAAGCUCAAGACUGGAUCAAGAUAAUUGACGAAACCGAGGGAGGAAUAGAGAAGUUCUCUCGGGGUACAGAGAAAUUCGGGUUCAACGUGGACAAGUCUCACAACAUCACGUACCGAGAAUGGGCACCGAACGCAACGGAGGCAUUUCUGAUCGGAGACUUCAAUGGCUGGAACAGGGGCUCCCACCCCAUGAAGAAGAAUGACUUUGGAGUCUGGGAGAUAUACCUUCCUGCGAACAACGGAGGCCCAGUCAUUCCUCACCAGUCCAAAGUCAAGAUCUCCAUGACUACCCCAACCGGCGAGUGGAUCGACCGCCUUCCAGCGUGGAUCAAAUACGUUACCCAAGACCUGUCGGUAUCGCCGGCCUACGAUGCUCGUUUUUGGAACCCUCCUGCUUCCAAGAGAUACACAUUCAAGCACCCGCGACCAAAGAAGCCGGAAAGCGCUCGAGUAUACGAAGCGCACGUUGGUAUUUCCUCGCCCGAGCUGCGAGUUACGACCUAUAAGGAGUUCACCGCGAAUAUGCUCCCGAGAAUCAAGUGUCUUGGAUACAACGUGAUCCAGCUCAUGGCCAUCAUGGAGCAUGCCUACUAUGCCAGUUUUGGUUACCAAGUCAACAACUUCUUCGCUGCCAGCAGCCGAUAUGGCACACCCGAGGAUCUCAAGGAGUUGAUCGACACAGCUCACAGCAUGGGGCUCGUGGUUUUACUUGACGUGGUUCACAGCCACGCCUCGAAGAAUGUGCUGGACGGCCUGAACGAGUUCGACGGUUCUGACCACCUAUACUUCCACGAGGGCGCCAAGGGCAGACAUGAGCUCUGGGAUAGCCGGCUCUUCAACUAUGGCAGUCACGAGGUUCUGAGAUUUCUCCUGAGCAACUUAAGAUUUUGGAUGGACGAAUACAACUUUGACGGCUUCCGAUUCGACGGUGUCACAAGCAUGCUUUACACCCAUCAUGGUAUUGGAACGGGUUUCUCGGGUGGUUACCAUGAGUAUUACGGCGCCGGAGUCGACGAGGAGGCCGUGGUGUAUCUCAUAAUUGCAAACGAGAUGCUACACAAUCUAUACCCCGAGUCAAUCACAGUGGCUGAGGAUGUGUCGGGGAUGCCAGCUUUGUGCCUACCACUUUCGCUCGGCGGCGUUGGCUUCGAUUACCGACUAGCAAUGGCCGUUCCCGACAUGUGGAUCAAGCUAUUGAAGGAGAAGAAAGAUGAGGACUGGGACAUGUCUGCUAUUUGCUGGACACUGACAAACAGACGCCACGGUGAGAAGACGAUUGCUUACUGCGAGAGUCAUGACCAAGCUCUCGUGGGAGACAAGACUCUUCUUAUGCACCUCUGUGAUUCUGAGCUAUACACCAACAUGUCAACGUUGACGCCUAUGACACCUGUUAUUGAUCGCGGCAUAUCUCUACACAAGUUGAUUCGUCUCUUGACCCAUGCUCUGGGUGGUGAGGGAUACUUGAACUUUGAGGGCAACGAGUUCGGGCACCCCGAGUGGCUCGAUUUCCCCCGAGAGGGAAACCAGAACUCGUUCUGGUACGCGCGCCGGCAACUCAAUCUCACGGACGACAAGCUCCUCCGCUACAAGGACCUCAAUGAAUUCGACCGACAGAUGAACCUGACAGAGGCUCACUACGGCUGGCUGCACUCCCCCCAGGCGUACAUCAGCCUGAAUAACGAGAGCGACAAGGUCAUCGUUUUUGAGCGUGGCGGCCUCCUAUUCAUCUUCAACUUCCAUCCUACGAACAGCUACACGGACUACCGAAUCGGUGUCGAGAGCCCCGGCACCUACAAAAUCGUGCUGAACUCGGACUCCAAGGAGAACGGCGGCUACAGCCGAAUCGACGAGAGUACGCGCUUCUUCACGACGCCCAUGGAGUGGAAUGGCAGGAAAAACUGGACGCAUAUCUACAUUCCUUGCCGUGUUGCUUUGGUGCUUGCUCUCGAGUCACCCAUCUCGCGGGCUUACUAG